UGAUGUCACGCAUGUAUCCGGAAGUGAUUCUGAGAUGGCGGCUGAAAGACAACUAGUACUUUGGUGAUACUGGAAUCCACAGAAAAUCAAAUAUUUAGUAAGUUUUCUUCGCGAUGAAGACUGUAUUUGUUACCGUGGGCACUACGAGUUUUGACGAGCUUAUUGAGAAAAUAACGUCCGCCAGUGCCAUUAAGGCUUUAAAAGAUCGCGGAUAUGAGCGGUUAGUCCUUCAGGUUGGACGAGGAUCUUUUCUCCCAGACUCCCAGACCUGUCCACACGUAAUCCUGGAGGUUUUUCGUUUCAAAGACUCCAUAGCAAAGGACAUGACCCAAGCUGACCUCGUCAUCAGCCAUGCAGGGGCGGGAAGCUGCUUGGAGGCCCUCGGUGCCGGCAAAGCCCUGUUGGUGGUGGUCAAUGACAAGCUGAUGGACAACCACCAGCUGGAACUGGCCAGACAGCUGCACAUGGACUCACACUUGCUCUACUGCACUUGCAGCACUCUGACAGAAACGCUAAGGAGCAUGGAUCUCUCCGUUCUUCAGCCUUUUCUGCCCGGUCAGCCAAAGAAGUUUGCAGACUUCAUGGAUAAAGCUCUUGGUCUCCAGUGAAGCUUCAUGCUCAUUGUGUUUUAUAUACUGUGAUACAGUAAUGAUACAUGCAUAGAAGAGAAAAAUCAGAUACUGAGCUGCGUGAAUCGCCGUCCUCAGCAGCUGAGCUGACAUUUUAUUCAUCUUGUCCGCCAACCACCUGAAGUAGGCCAAAGUGCAGUUUGCAGGCUGUCUGUGCUGUGCAGAUGACUUGCAUUUGGUAAUGUUGUGGUAAAACAGGCAAAUUGGCUUUGUUUGGCUUGAAGUAAGCUAUGAAAACAAAUGUAGCAAAAAUGAGUAGCCAUUUUCAUUUUGUAAAAGUAGCUGUCACAAGAAAAAACCUUGGCAACUCCUGAUAUAGCCAAUAGAACAUUUAAACAUUUACACUUCAUCUAUGCCAUCGGUGUCGGUGUAGGCCGAUUUCACUCGUGGAUGAUCGGUAUCAGCAGCAUAAAACCCCGAUCGGAGCAUAAUAUAUACAGUCGUACGCAAAGGUAUGGCCACCCCUGACAAUGUUCAUGAAUAAAUCAGUGGAUAUUUGGAUCUAUUGUUUGGUUUUGAUCUAUCACACAACUGAUGGACACAGUAGAAUUUCAGAAGUGAAAUGAGGAUUAUUGGAUUAACACAAUAUGCAACCAAAACUAAAUUAGGUGCAUAAAUUUGGGCACGUCUGUCAUUUUGUUGAUUUCAAUACCUCUGCCACCUAACACUGAUUAAUUGGAACACAAAAUGGGUUUUGUGAGCCCAUUAAGCCUUGAAUUUCAUCGAUUGAUGCAUCCAAUCAUCUAAUCAAAGGUGUUUAAGGUGGCCGGUUGCAAGAUGGUUUUCUCUUUGAAUCUCCUGUGAAGACGGGCAACAAUGGGUUCCUCAAAACAGCUGUCACAUGACCUGCAAAUGAAGAUUGUUCAACAUCAUGGUUUACGCGAAGGCUACAGGAAGCUAUCUCAGAGAUCUGUUUCCGCUGUGAGGAACAUCAUGAGGAAAUGGGAUUUUUUGACAUGAAAAUGUAUGACAUCCCCAUCAGCAGUGUAGUGCAUCAAGAGUGACUUUCUCCCCCACUUCGUCCCGUGAGCCGGGUUCUGGUCGUUUUUUGUUGUGGAGGGAAGUAGUUCCGGCUAGCUGCUGGGGCCUCUUAAGUCAAGCCUUUUGCUUCUCAAAACAAUAUGUGUUCAAAAGAGUAAUACAUUUGCAUGACAAAACCGUUGCCCACAAAAAGGGAGACCUCUCCAUUGCUCUGCGUUAUUUUCUCUCCGUUCGUAUAAACGCGCGCUGUGCGCUUGUCCGCUGUUGGGUAUGUGUUGCAGUGACAUGAGAGUUAGCAAAAAUCAAACGAAAUUGGAAUUGACAUGCAGUGUGAGCUUAGCCAAAAACUUGCCACUUCCACACAGAAUGAGAGGAUAACCUUUUUUUCACUUACAGUAAUCUCCGUCUCAGCCAUGGCGUGUCGGCUAGGCUCUGCUGGCCCAGUAGCCAGUCUCCAUGCAGUGUGAAAGUUUAAUGUAAUCUAAUGCCAUGUCUCACAGCAUUACUGAUGCCUCGUGACCACAGCGCUACACACAACAUACAACUCGUCUUUCAUUAUUUUUGGACUAAUAAUAGGCCAUAGUCAACCAUGAGACAGCCAUCAUGAAUUAAUUACAUGUACAGUAUUUGUUGAAAACCACAAUAUAGUAAGGGAGUGAUAUUCAAACCGCAAUAUAGCGAGGGAUCAUGUUUUUAAAAGGUUUAUUUUUUUAAAAAGGGUAAUAAACGAAAUUAGACGCUGCAAGCACCAUCCAAUGUGACCAUUGUGAAACUCACAGGCCGGUCUGACCAUACGAGAAUAUUUGCACGGUAACCUGAUAGUUAGCUGUGUGUCUCUCAAGGUUACACACACGCGACUCUAUUAGCCGCAGGUUCACACCUGUUGGUACUGUGUGGUGUUGACUUAACCUUUUCAGUGACUUUUAACGACUUUUGUCACCAGUGGCUGUAGCAUUUGGGUAAUUAAACCAGUAUGCAUUUGGAUGAACAAACCUUGAGUGUUUCUCUACCUCCCACCUUUAUGUUGGCACUUGCAACUUUCUGUGGCUCCGUUUUGGGUUAGAGGUGAGAAACGCUAUUCAACUGAAGAAAUAACUCAUGGCAAAACAGGAAGGUGGUGUGCAUGUGGCGUCACGCUGCCACGUUGUGUCUUUGCGAACUCUCACAUCAAGAAUCACGUCUUCAGUGAAGGUAAAACUUACCAUAAAUGUUUUCAGUCAUAAUUUAGAUGCAUUUGAAAUUGCUCGCAGCAUGUAAAACUAUAAUUCUAACCUAUGAAAACACACUUUGUGUUAAAAUGUUUGGCUUCCUGGAACAGAUUAACUGGAUAUACAUAAUUGUUUAUGGGACUAUGGGGGUGUUAUUGUAUGUACACAAGGCUCUAAUGUUAAAAACCCGUAUUUAGAAAGUCAUAAACAAGUGUUCUAUGCUGUGACUAUGAAAAUAUUCCAGUUAUUAAGAUUGAAUCCAUCCAACUUCUAUGCCGCUUAUCCUCAUGACUUGUAUCCUACAGUAGGCUGGAGCCUAUACCAGCUGACUUUGGGCGUGAAGGUAUAGACAACCGUUCACACUCACAUUCAUACCUACAGUAUGGACCAUUUUAGAGUUGCCAAUUGACCCAACAUGCGGGAGAUGUCUUCCCGAUCUCCUGAUGUGUGGCCAACAUUGAACGGCAACAUUGAAGCCUUUAUCGCAGUCCGCUCUGGAACCAACUAACCUCUAUAAACGAGGGAUGACUGUAACCACAGUUCCGCUGAAAUAUGAAAUAUGGGGGAGGAAUGAUCUGCUCUGUCUUUGUGUGAUAGUAAUGAUAGUGAUAGUAAUCUGCCACUGAAACUGCUCUUCUGUUGGGAGAUGAUGCUGUGCGUUGGAUGAUGCUGGUUGUCCGUGAUGGAAAGGAGCCUCCUCAGUGUCCUUUCCUCUGCCACAGAUGUCGGGCUGUCCAGCUCAUUGCCAAUGACAGAGCCUGCCAUCAUCACCAGUUUGUCCCAAGUGUGUGGCGUCCUUCUUCUUGAGGUUGCUCCCUCAGCACACUACUGCAUACAGGAGGGCACUAGCUACCACAGUUUGGUAGAAGAUCUGUAGAAGCUUCUUGCGUACACACAGUAAGACUAGACAAGAGUAUGGCCAUACAAAGAGUAACAACAGAGUGAAAAUGUUUGUUGGCCUGCCAUGUCACCACAUGAUAGCCAGCUUUUACUGUCUCGCCCUUUUACUUUCACAUUGCAAGACUGUCAAUUAUACGGUCAUGACUCAUUUUCAUAUGACCUCAUAUACAGCUCAGCAAUAUCUCAAAUUCUGUUUUUCCAUCCCGAGUUUCGUUUUCCACUGCGGGUGUCUUCAUACUUUCCCUUCAAAGACUAUGCUUGUAGAUAAAACAGUGCAGAGACAUUUCCCAGUCGUGCUAAAACCACCUUGAUCCCCAGUUUUAUACUUCUGCUCUGGUCAAAGUUGCCUAAAAUAUGCCAUAUGACCCCUUUUAAAUGCCCUUCAGUGGCAGCUUAACUAAUCCAAUCAAAGACUUAAGUCUUGUUCACAUGCAUCAACGUUGAGGAAAAGUACACAAAAUUGUUCAGCUCUAGUGAAUCUUCAUUGUAUUGUGUUCAAGCUAAACAUGUUGCUGAUUUACACAAGCAAAAAAACAAAAAAAACAAAUUGCAGUUAGUUGGUGGCCACAAUCCAUGCCAUGUACUCUAUAUAUACCAACAACAAAAAUAAUUAUUGUCUCACAAAUAAAGAAGUCAAUUUAUAGAAGAACUUAAGCGAUUAAAUGAAAUUAUGUGCCACAAUAAUACAAUUUAAAAGAUUAAAAAAAUGUAAUAUACUAAAAAUGAAUACAGGAUGGGAAAAUGAUGACACAGACUCCAAUUUGUACAUUUUUGUUGUUGGAGUAAGAUGAAUGCCCAACCGCUGCUUGUUUGUUCCUGUAUACGUGCAUACAUUAUUUUUCUACAAUUUAUUAUACAAGAAAACCCCAACAAAGUAAGAGGUAGGGGUUGUUUUUGAUUGAACCUCUAUUUUAUUUAUUUUCCCUUUUUGUUUUCUUGAUUUUGGAGGCUUUUUCCGUGUUUCAUGCUCGAAAAAAUAAA